UGAUGGCGGAAAUGACGUUUUUACGGAAGCGGAAACACCCAGAGAGUGUUUGAAUGAGCGUGCGUCGCUUGUUGUUAAACGAAGUGUGUUUAAAAUUGUGUUAUAUAUUUUUAAUAGCUUGGAUAAUACUGUAUAAUGUCAGGUAUACCUCCGGACACAUGGCAACCUCCCACUGUUUCACUGGAGACGACAAUGGGGACAAUUGUGUUGGAACUGUACUGGAGACAUGCACCCAAGACCUGCAAAAACUUUGCUGAACUGGCUAGAAGAGGAUAUUACAAUAACACAAAGUUCCAUAGGAUAAUACAGAACUUCAUGGUGCAAGGUGGAGACCCGACAGGCACAGGUCGUGGUGGUGCCUCCAUAUUUGGGAAACAGUUUGAAGAUGAACUCCACCCAGAACUUAAAUUCACUGGUGCUGGUAUAAUAGCUAUGGCCAAUGCAGGACCAGAUUCGAAUGGAAGUCAGUUUUUCCUCACCCUCAGACCCACUCAGUGGCUGGAUGGAAAGCACAGCAUUUUUGGAAGAGUGCACCAGGGCAUGGGAGUGCUGAACCGGAUUGGGCUGGUGGAAACCAAAGGGCAAGAUCGACCUGUUGAUGAUGUAAAGAUUAUCUCAGCUUCUGUGUCCAACUAAUUUUUGUCAAUGCAUACUUUCUAAAGGCCUGCCUGUUUUGAAGUAACUUUUUUGUAUUUUGUUGAAAUAAAAUUGACAGAUGUAAACAUU